GUCCACAUAUCAAAGAGAACCAAGAAGCUACAAAUCUAGAAUCAUAUCUUGUAGAAUGUAAUGAGGUCCUCUGCAACUUCACCUUCCUAGUUGUUUCAGUUCUGAUCUCUUUAACAUCACCAGAAAUAAGAUUCUAACUCAGAAAAAGCCAAGAAAAAAAAACCCACUUUUUUUUUUUUUUGGCUAAUACAUCAUUUAGCGUCUCUUCAACAAUGGCUAAACCUAGAAACCAAAGAAAACCCGCCAAGGAAAUGAACCAGAGUGAAACAAAGCCGCCAAAAAAACCGGAGAAACCAGCUUCUUGGGCAGUUGUAAGAGGCCUUUUCACUUCUAAACGUCUCCAAGUGCAACAACAGCAGCAACAAAAGCAACCGGAGCAACAACAGCCGCAAGAGAAAAAGCUAAAGCAAAAACAAAAGCAACAUCAAGAACAAGCCAAUGAGGAUGCCAACGAAAAAAGCAAGAAAAUGAAGUGUUCAGGCUCAUUAUGCAGCAACACAAAGGUGAUGCAUAGGCCUGAAAUUGCGGCUUCCCCAGAAGCCCAAAAGAAGAGGGCUUCAAUGGGUUGUUCAAGGAGUAGUAACAAUGAAGCCUCAAGUAGAUCCAUGAAAGCUCCUCUGCAGGAACUCAAUGGGGUUGUUUCCUCUACCAAUUCUUCACUGUCUGUCUCUUCUAAUAAUUCCUCCUCCUUCAAUAGUGGAUCUUUUAGAGGAAUGCCAUUUAGGAGAUUAUCUGGCUGUUAUGAGUGUAGAAUGGUGGUUGAUCCUGUUCUUGGUAUCACUAGAGAUCCUUCUCUCAGAGGUAGCAUUUGUUCUUGUCCUGAAUGUGGUGAGUUCUUCAUUAAAGCUGAACAUUUGGAGCUUCAUCAAGCUGUUAGACAUGCUGUAUCCCAACUGGGUCCAGAGGACACAAGCAAGAACAUAGUGGAAAUCAUAUUUCAGUCAAGCUGGUUAAAGAAACAAGCACCCAUUUGCAAGAUUGACAGAAUCCUCAAAGUCCACAAUACCCAAAGCACCAUUUCCAAAUUUGAAGAGUACCGAGACUCAAUCAAAGCCAAGGCUACCAAGCUUCCAAAGAAGCACCCUCGAUGCAUAGCAGAUGGCAAUGAACUCCUGCGGUUCCACUGCACCACCUUUGCCUGUUCGCUUGGCCUAAACGGCUCAUCCAACUUGUGCAACUCAGUUCCUCACUGUAAUGUUUGCAGCAUUAUCAAGAGCGGCUUUAGAGUUCCCCAAGAACCCAACAAAGAUGUCCAUAAAAAUGGCAUUUUGACAACUGCAACAAGCGGAAAAGCGCAUGAUGAAGCUGAUGUUGAAGAUGGAAGUGACACGAGAGCUAUGCUUGUUUGCAGGGUAAUCGCAGGGAGAGUUAAGAAAGGAAUUGAAGUUAACAUGGAAGAUUAUGACUCAGUGGCUGGUGCCGUGGGAAUGUAUUCGGAGUUGGAUGAGCUGUAUGUGUUCAACCCGAAGGCCAUCUUGCCUUGCUUUGUUGUCAUCUACAGAGGUUUUUAAUUUUAAUCAAGUUGAAGUUUAAUAAAAUUUUAUUAAUUAACCUUGUAAACCCCUCCUUUUUUCGUGCUGUUGAAAGCCUCGGUGGUGAUGGCUACAAACAGUAAAUAAUAAAAUUUUCUGGACCAUCUUGGGAGAAA